AUGGCCGAACAGGUCAACGACAAUUUCCAAGUCAAAGAUUCACACUUGUUGCGAUACUAUCACCUAUUCCAGCAGCUAAAGGAUAACAUCAAUGAAGUUCAGAUACGACAUAUCCUGCGCAACAACAACGAACAGGCUGACCAACUAGCUCGGCUCGCUAGCAGCCAAAAGCCAAGGCAGUUGUGGUCCACUAUUCAUAUGGAUAUUCCCACCCCGAGUGUGACAGCCGAAUGCAUGGCGAUAAAUGAAGAUGCACCCUCAUGGAUAACUCCCAUUCAGAAGUAUAUCGUUAAUGGUGAACUUCUGGCCGACCCAAUGGAAGCAAAGAAAUUACGAACGCAAGCGACUCGGUAUUUUGUGGUGGCCGGCGGACUCUACCGGCGAGGAUUUUCUGCCCCGCUGCUCAAAUGUAUUGACAAUCACCAAGCUGAUUAUGUCCUGCGAGAAAUUUAUGAAGGUAUCUGCGGCUCUCACUCGAGCGAGCGAACCAUGGCGGCCGAAGUCUUGCGAGCCGGUUAUUAUUGGCCGACUCUGAAGGGAGAUUGCGUAGAGUUCGUCAAAAAACUGCAUACAAUGCCAAAAGCACGAGAACCUCAUCCACGCCUCGGCCGCGGAAUUACACAGCAUCAUCUCCCCAUGGCCUUUUGCUUUGUGGGGCAUCGACGUACUUGGACCGUUCCCUAUGGCAAAGGGGCAGGUCAAGUUUCUCCUCGUCGCGGUGGAUUACUUCACAAAGUGGAUAGAGGCCGAAUUUCUCACCUGCAUCUCUGCCGCCAACUUCCAGAAUUAAACGGGCAAGCCGAAGCAGCCAACAAGGUCAUACUAACAGAACUGAAAAAGAGACUAGGCUCGGCAAAAGGAGCAUGGGCCGAGGAAUUACUAGAAGUCCUGUGGGCAUACCGAUGCACACCACAAUCAACCACCAAGGAGACGCCCUUUUGCCUAACGUACGACGUGGAUGCGAUGAUACCGGUCGAGGUAGGAGAACCAUCAUUCCAGCGGCAACAUUUCCAUGAAGAGUCUAAUGACGAUUCACUCCGAGUCGACCUUGAUGUUCUAGACAAAGUGCGUGAAAAGACACAGGUUGUCGACGAAGCGUGUAAGCAACGGAUGAGCCGACGCUUUAAUUCCAACUUAAAGCCAAGAACGUUUCAUGAAGGUGAUCUCGUUUGGAGAGCAACCGGGUCAGCAAGAUGCAACUCCUCCAAAGGAAAGAUCUCGGCCAACUGGGACGGCCCAUUCCAGGUACGGCAUGCUCUCCAUAAUGGACCUUACAAGUUAGAGGAACUGUCCGGCAAGGUCAUUCCGAGAACUUGGAACUCCACCCAUCUGAAGACAUACUACAGUUGA